GUACAUAGCAGUAAAACUUUGAAAAACAGGUUUUUCCACGAUGUAGGUGAGGGUACUGUCCUUAAUAGUGACAUGUCAGAAAGAUGCAGCAUGUAAUUAAACUGCGUGCCACAAGUCAUUUCGUGAAAUAAAGUAUUGUGAAAAACCAGGUUAGGGAUACACGAGAUUUUUUAAAAACACAGUAAAUGGGUCAUUGCAACGCUAGCUGCAGCUUUGUAAGACCAAUCCAUUACUUCAAUUGUAUUACAUUUAUAGUUUUACUCGUCUCGCCCUUCAGGAAAGUUUUAUGGAAUGCAUUUACUGUAACCUAAAAGAAGAUCUGGAGCUCACACAGCGAAGCGAGUAUACACUUUGCAAGGACGACGAGUUGAUAUAUUAGAUUUCGUUGGAACUCAUAUUUCCCAGGGACUCUAGCAAAACAUUACAUUUUAAGACGCGAUUGAAUUAUUCGAUCUUUCGUUACAGCUUAUUCAACUUCUGCUUUCUUACAUCAAAGGGCAUGCUGAAUACCGCAGUUUUAUUUUAAAGACUUCGUUUGUUAUGCAUAUAAUCUGUUAGUUAUAGUUCAGUAAGAACUGUAGUCCGUCAUACCUAUAUUUUUCUGCUAGACAGCGGGCUAGUGUUUCGUUCUUUGUACUCUCCCUUCGUCUAAAUUACUACAGGCGAGUGGGCGAUUUUCAUUUCCAAGACUGCAUAUAACAACGAAAGGCAGAGCACGAGUAAGCAGAGCAAUUAAAAUGCAAUAGUUGCUUUCAGUCCUUCUGUAAGACAAUGUACUAUAUGCCAAUAUAUAAACUAUAAACUAUUUGUUUUAACGGAGUAAGUCAACUAUAAUUGUAUUUUUGAGUAAUUUGAACUACACAAAAUAAUCCCCAAGCACUAAUUUAUCACCUCCAAUUUUUAUUUAUCACGCUAAUUAGGGGAUCUGGAUUACGGAGUUUAGAUUCACAGAUAAUCCCAAAAACAUUAUUUAGCGACCGAUCGACGUAUCCCUUUGAAGGGACGAUUUUUAAACGCGUUUCGCAUUUCACAAAACCACAGUAAUAUCUUUUCGGGUGCAACACUCCCCCCAGUGCAGUUCAUUCCCAGUCCAUGUCUUCCUUUAUGCUAAAGCCGUCCGGGGGUGCUGAUGCGGUCACUGUAAAGCUUUAAGAUUUAUCUAAUCGCGCUACUUAACCCAGAUCGAAAGUGAUUCUCCUCGAUUCUGAAUUGCAUACUUUGCCGCAGUCUAGAAAAUCAGUGGACUUUACCACUGUGUUGUAAAAUACAACCCUUGUAAAAAACAGCUGAUCUUAUCUCUUUAGGUCGUUCAGUUUUUUAAUGCGGAGCAAGGGAAUAACUGUUACUCAGCUGUAAUAGAAAUCAAAGGGCGGAAACGAUCGUGCAAUCGUGAACCGAAACAGCGCAACUAAUAAUGGCUUGUGAACACCAACAAGCUUAAGAUGCAUUCAUGUGUGUAGAUAGUUUGACAAGCAGCUUGACCGUUGAAUCGACUAAACUACUCUUUGCAGAUAGCUGGGGAGAUUCUCAGCUGCUUUAAACAAUUUCCUCACAAUUUGAAUGAUGACCCAGAGGGAUGGACAGCACCUGUGGAGGAUGAAGCAUUUUAACAAGCCAGUUUAUUGCAACGUGUGCCAAAGCAUGCUGCUCGGACUCCGCAAACAGGGCCUCUGCUGCACUAGUUGCAGGUACACUGUCCAUGGGCGCUGUGCCAACAAAAAUCCUGCCCCUUGCACCCGUACCUAUGUCAAAUCCAAAAAAGACACGGGGGUAUCCUCUCAUGACUGGGUCAGUGGGAACUGCGACUCGGGAAAGUGUGACAAGUGCCAGAAGAAGAUUAAGAGCUCCCAUGGCCUGACGGCCAAACACUGCGUUUGGUGCCACACUAUGCGCCACGGUGAGUGUGUUAACCUGGAGCCACUGGAGUGCAGCUGCGGGCUGCUGAGGGACCACAUCCUCCCCCCCUGGGCCAUAUACCCAGUCAUCAAGGAGCGGCCAAACGGGUCUGCUGGCAUGGUGGAUGAUUCGGAACCAAACACCACUCCGGACGGCCAGGUCCUGCAGAUCAGCCCCAUUCCGGACACACACCCCCUGCUGGUGUUCGUCAAUCCGAAAAGUGGGGGAAAGCAGGGCGAGAGGGUCCUCCGCAAAUUCCAGUACCUCUUGAACCCACGACAAGUUUAUAAUCUCUCCAGUGGAGGCCCAGGACCAGGUCUACACUUCUUCAGAAACCUGCUGGACUACCGGAUUUUGGUGUGUGGAGGGGACGGCACUGUCGGCUGGAUCUUGGACGCUAUAGACAAAGCCAAUCUCGUGGUGCGCCCCCCAGUGGCCGUACUACCUCUGGGCACAGGAAAUGACCUGGCCCGCUGCCUCCGGUGGGGCGGAGGCUAUGAUGGAGAGGAUCUGGGUCGGAUCCUGAAGGAAAUUGAUGGAAGCUGCCAAGUACUGAUGGACCGCUGGAGCGUGCAAGUGAUCCCAGAGGAUAGCCAGGAGAAGGGGGACCCUGUGCCAUAUGAAAUCAUCAAUAAUUACUUCUCCAUCGGCGUGGACGCUUCCAUUGCCCACCGCUUCCACAUGAUGAGGGAGAAGCAUCCUCAGAAAUUCAACAGCAGAAUGAAGAAUAAGCUGUGGUAUUUUGAAUUCGCCACCACUGAGACGAUUUCAGCUUCCUGUAAGAAGCUGAAAGAGUGUCUCACUAUUGAGUGCUGUGGAACACCUCUUGACUUGAGUAGCCUCUCUUUAGAAGGAAUUGCCAUCCUUAAUAUUCCCAGCAUGCAUGGUGGCUCAAAUUUGUGGGGUGACCCCAAAAAGGUCGACAGCAAGAGCUCUGCUGAACGGGAGUUGCCAGAGGUCAUCGUUGACCCCGAUAUCCUUAAAACAAGCCACCAAGAUCUGAGUGACAAGCGUCUGGAGGUGGUGGGGCUGGAGGGGGCGAUGGAGAUGGGCCAGAUCUAUACAGGCCUGAAAAGCGCUGGCCGUAGGCUAGCCAAGACCUCACAGAUCACUAUCAGGACAAAGAAGGCUUUGCCCAUGCAGAUUGACGGGGAGCCGUGGAUGCAGCCGCCCUGCACGAUACACAUCACACACAAGAACCAGGCCCGCAUGCUAAUGGCCCCACCUGCCAGAUCAUCUAGUUUCUUCAACCUCAAGUAGAUCUUUCAACAGAAAUGGAAGCCUGGGAUCAUGCCUCAGUUGAGUCUUCACCCUGUACAGUAUUGCUGGGAUAUUAAGCUGCCUCAUUUUGUGAAGUCUGUCCUUGUGCAUGUGAGACAAACCGCGAGCGGUUGAAAUACAAGCAAAUAAAAAUGUGCCAUUAACCAGUCAAGCGCCCCUUCGUCACGGGCUAAGAGACGCCGCGCUUUGGCCAGCCUGGAACUCGCUUCUGAACGCCAUAUGCAGCCUUCAGCUCAACCUCAAAAGGUUGUCGAGCACCGAGUGCCACUUUAUUGCAUGUGACGCACAUGCUUGUUAGGGCUGUGAGGCUAAUUGAGCUCAGUCUUCUGUUUUUAGGGACGGUGUUACAGUCUUAAGCUAUGCUGUGUAAUGAGCUUUUAUGCGGAAGAGGUUUGCAAUCCUGCUGACUGUGUAUGUAAAACAACUUAAUCUUUAGCAAUUUCCCAUUUACAACAGCAGAUGUUUAAAAGUUUUAGUGCAUUUUAGUGUUUGAUCUUUAUCUUAAAAUUACACCUGUAUGUUUGAUCUGGACUGUAGUAGUAAGGCAUCCGUUAAUUUAUUUGCUUUUCUGUAUAUUUUGGAAAAUGGCCCUUUGCAAAUCCUGAGAAUGAUUGUGGUGUAACCUUUCUCACUAAAAGGUCUUCAUUUAGAAUUAAAGGAUUAUGAAAUGUUU